AUGUGGUCAUUGUCCACUGCAUUCUUGAUGGUGCACCCAAAUGGACUGGGUACCAUUUUGAUGGAACUGUCAAAGUCAUUAUCAUUCAAAAUGAGUCCCCUUGAUCAUUUCUCGUUCAGUGAUCUAGUCGGUUUCGAUAAUUCAGUGUUAUCACAAUCCGAAUAUAGCCAGUGAAAAAAAAAACGGUUUUACAGAGUGAUACGCGGUGCCGCAGUAGUUCUUCAUAGAAACGCGUAUCAAAGUGUAAUUGGCGUAGCGGAUCUAUGUUGUUAUUUCUAUGGUUACAUCUAAAGUGUGCUGAACAGUGUUUUUAUAUAUAGAAGGUAAAAAGUGCAUAGAAAAUGGUAGCUACUUAUAUUCUCAGAGCUGUCAUUUAUGUGAUUCUGCAAAUAACUUGGGUUUGCUAUAUUCCCCUAGACAUAAUAAGACUGUUUUAUAAGAAAAAAAUUUGUCCCCCUAUUACAAAUGAACUACUUCUUCUGAGCGCUUCCGAAGUUGCUGAAAAAAUACGAAAAAGAGAGGUUUCCAGCGAAACUAUUGUGAGAUCCUAUAUAGAGAGGAUAUCUGAAGUUAACCCUCUGUUGAAUGCUGUUAUUGAUGAAAGAUUCGAUGAAGCUCUGGAGGAAUCUAAGCAUGUUGAAAAUAUUCUAAACAGUGUUUCUAUGAAGGAAUUGAAGGAUAAUUACCCUUUGCUAGGAGUACCUUUCACAGUCAAAGGAAGCCUAGCAGUAGAAGGUUUGGAUCAUUCUGCUGGAGUGAAACUUAAACAAAAAAUAGCGCUGAAAAACGCAACCGCUGUACAAAAACUGAUGGAUGCUGGUGCAAUACCUUUGUUGGUUUCGAAUACUCCAGAAUUUUGUCUCAAUUGGGAAACUACGAAUAAACUGAUUGGAAGAACCAAUAACCCUUACGAUCUGAGAAGAACCGUGGGGGGAUCUACAGGAGGUGAGGCUGCUCUACUAAGUGCUGCCGCUUCGCUCAUCGGAAUAGGCUCUGAUGUUGCCGGAUCGCUGCGUAUUCCAAUGCACUAUUGCGGUGUUUGGGGACACAAACCUUCACCCAGGCUUAUAUCCCUAGAUGGUCAUUAUCCUAAGUGUCCAGAAGAAGAGUGGCCUGAUGUUUUCCAGGUGGGACCUGUAAGCAGAUACGCAUCCGAUUUGUCGACCAUAUUUGAACUAAUGGUGGAGCCCAAUAUGAAGAGUAGACUAAAACAACCUGUGGAUUUGCGAAAACUGAAAGUUUAUUAUUUGAAGGAAAUAAGGAAUCCUCUGGUGUCUAGGGCGAAUGCAGACACAAAGAGGGCAGUUGAGAAAGUAGUGAACUAUUUCAAUAAUUACACUGAGAAGUCUGUGGCUGAGGAGAUCAACAGUGAUAUGCUCAAAUUCGCGUCAGAAUACUCUUAUUUUAGACUUUUACUAGUGGACAAUGUUGAUAAUUUAUUCGAAGGAAAGGGUGAGGGUGCCCAUAUGGAGUUACUCCGUUUCCUCUUCUGCAUGUCACAAUCCGUAUUCACAACGAUAGGUUACGGACUUCUGAGGUGGUGGACAUCGACUUUUCCGGAAUACUACAAAAAGAAAACUCUCGACGAUCUGGACGCUCUCAAGAAGGAAAUGUUGGAGCUUUUGAACGAUCAGAGCGUGCUGAUCAUGCCAACAUUUACCAAAGAAGCCGCGUUUCAUGGUGACGUACUUAAGAGAUUGUUCGAUUAUGGAUACUGUGGUAUUUUUAAUGCAUUAGGACUGCCAUCUACUGAUUGUCCAGUGAUGCAAACGGAGGAAGGUCUGCCCAUUGGAAUACAGGUCAUAGGAGCGCCGUAUUGUGAUCGGCUCUGUUUAGCUGUGGCGAAAGAAAUAGAAAAGGCAUUUGGUGGUUGGAAACCGCCAUCAUCAAAUGACAAUUAAGGCCACUUUGGAACUGGCAAGUAUCUGAUAGAUGAGUGAGAAUUUUGAAUGCCGAGGAGGAGUUCGAACUUGGGGUGCAAAAAUGAAGUGGAUAUUUCAAGGAUGUAUAUAUAUGUUAUUUAUAAAAUAGAAAUUUUAUUAAAAACAUCAAAACCAA